AUGGCCUGCUGUCGCCUGGCCCACCCCAAGGCUGCUGUGACGCAUCGACCGGCAAACACGGUUAACAAGGAGAAAAGCGCGGCUCCUUUCGGAGCACCUGCAGGUGCAGUGUUCGUCGAUGAGAUUGAUGCCAUUGCUGGGAGCAGGAGCUCACAAGAUUCAAAGUCGCACAGACACACCAUUAAUCAGCUACUCGUCGAACUAGAUGGCUUGGAGCAGAAUGAUGGGGUAAUCAUGGUAGCGGCGACCAACAACCUCGAGUCACUGGAUCAAGCCCUUGUUAGGUCUGGGCGUUUCGACCGUCACAUUCAGAUUCAUUAUCCAAAUGUUGAGGGCCGACGCCAGAUCCUCGAGGCUCAUAUGUCAAAGGUGUUGAAAACCAAGGAUGUGGAUCUUCUGACCAUCGCGAAGAGGACAUCUGGGUUGUCAGGUGCAAACCUGGCAACCCUGGUGAACGACGCCGUUCUCAAGGCUGUUAAGGACGGGGCAGAAGCUGUUGCGACGCAUCACCUGGAGUAUGCCACAGACAGGAUUCUAGUGGGCGGUGAGCGCAGAUCAGUGGCGAUGCCUGAUAACUGCAAGAGGAUGACCACGUACCAUGAGGCAGGGCAUGCCAUCGUUGCUAUCCACACGGAUGGCGCUGAUCCCGUCCACAAGGCUACCAUUGUUCCCAGGGGUGAUUUUCUUGGCAUGGUGUGGCAGCUGCCGGAGGAGGGCGAUGAGUAUAUAUUCUCAAGGAAAAAGAUGCAGGCAGGACUGGAUGUCCUCAUGGGAGGCCGGGCGGCUGAGGAGGUUAUCUUUGGUGAGAGCGAGGUGAGCUCCCUCACCCUGACUGACCUGGGCGAGGCGACCCAGCUGGCGACGGACAUGGUUGCCAGGUAUGGCAUGAGCAAGCAGGUCGGCCCUGUCUCCUAUGACAACAACGACGGCAGUUGGAACGCCAAGACCAUGAGCUGGAACUCGACAACCAUGGUGGACCAGGAGGUGAAAGAGUUGUUGAGCAAGGCUUAUGAGAACGCAAAGACGAUCCUAGCGGCGCACAAGCGGGAGCUCCAUGCGCUCGUUGUCGCCCUCCUGGAGCACGAGACCCUGACCGGAGACCAGAUCACGGCGCUCCUGAAUGAAACUCUCGCCAACCGUGAAACCGGCAUCGAUUGGCCGCAAGAGGAAGAAGAAGUAAAUAAUGGUCUAAUCGGUAGAAUCAGGAAACACGACCUUCUUCAUCCUAACACUUCGGAGACUAGACUAACAGUUUUUUCCUUGCAAUGAUUUUCUUCUUCUUUUGGUUCAUUAUUUGUUGCAUAUAACACAAAUGUGAAGAUUUACGUUCUGGAUUUCUCUGGCCUUUUCUCCUUUCCUACUAUAGAAUGUGAU